AUGGGAAGGGAUCUUAUACGAGACAAGAAAAUUUUUUUCUGGUUACUCCCACUCACCCAGUGGUGCCGUAAAACGACUUUGGCAACUACGACCACCCCAUUCCUAAGGCGGCCAUAUGGCUUUUCCGAGUCUGCAGGUGAAGAAUGCCGUAUGGAGGAUUCUCUGUUACAGGCCGAUAUCCUGUUGUGGAAGAAGCGCUCUCGGGCCAGUCUUAGGAAGCAUUACAGUGUUCGAAAUUUGGCCGCUCGAGAGCUGUACGAUACAGAGAAAUCGUUCGUUGAAGGCCUAGAAUUCCUCAUUACGAAAUACAUGCGGCCUUUGCGACAACCACUAGAGUGUACGCUUAUCGAAUCCGGAUUGGCUGACAAGAUUUUCUACAAAGUUCCAGAAGUGUUGGCCCAUCAUCAG